AUGUCUGGAGCCGAGUGCUCAGCUCCUUUUCUGAGCAAUCCGUACGUUAACAUGGGCAUGUAUGUCGCCUACUAUUGGACUACUCUGGUUGCUAUGUUGAUUCUUUAUAAGGUAGAGUUUUCGAAUAAAAAAGGAUGAGAUGAGGUUAACUAACUAAAGAAAGGUUUUUUAAAAGCACAAAGUCAGCCAACUCAAAACUACUGAACUUUUAGAAUUUGGCUGUUAAACUUUUCUGUGAGCUUUGAACGUACAGUACCGUCGAAAAGAUACGAAAAAACGGAGUUUCGGUCACAAUUUUCAUGUAAAGAGUUAAUUAUUUCUGAAGAUGUGAUGACCGUGUUUUUUUAACGUUCUGAUGAAGUUUCGGUUUAAAAUUUUUUUUAAGAAUGUUGUGACCAAAAUUGCGUUUUUUUUGUACCUUUUCUGCCGUUUCUGUAUAUCCCUAUGAAAUAGUCUAUCAACUUCAAGACAGAAGUUUUCCGUGCUGCUUUUUUUCUAUAAAUAAACGUUUCUGUUACAGGGAAUACAUCAAGCAGCAAAAAACUUGGAGAAAAAAGCCAAGGCAAAAGAACGCCGUCAUAUUGCCUUGAUUCUUAGUCAGCGGCUCGGAACGCAGGUUAUUCAAUGAUUUUCUUGUUCGGCUCUAUGGGUCCUGGUCUCUAAUGUGCAUUUAUUUUUUGUGUGGGCGCUUUCACGUAAGUGCGUGUGCGAUUAUAACGGCUAUGCUUUCGAGCGCUCAAAGUUCGUUUGUGCGUGAAAAAAGUGACGGAAGACAAAUUCAACGAGACUUUCCCAGCGAGGAUGUUUUGAUCCGUGGAUUGAGGGGCUAUCUGCUUUAGAAAAUGAAGCCGAAGAGCCACUUGAGACUCUCUCUUUUUUUCAGAAAGUUGAAAAAGCUGAAUAUUAACCCUGAAGUUAAUUAGAAAAUCUAAGUCAACCUAAACCUAAUAGGCGCAAAACAAGUCUGCGUCUAAUUUCACCGUCUAAAACAAAUUUUUCAAGGCAAACACAAUAGCCACAAAGUCAUCAAAAAAUACAAAAAAAUUUUGUUUAUAAUAUGGCUUCUGAGACGCAUGAAUCGCUUGUAAGGGAAGAAAAGGGUAAUUGAAGAAGUUAGGAAUACAUAGGGAAGCUUUUAUUUGAUUGUUUUUUUGAAAAAAAAAAUCAGAAGUCCUUUCUUCCUAGAUUUCAAGUUGAAGUAUUAUCAAUUUUCUUGCGAACAGUUCACGCCUUGGCCUGGAAUAUAAUUCUUAAUAGAUGUCUCGGAAUAAAAGCAGUCCAACCAAAUUUGUACAUAACAUGAACUUCUCCGGAUGAACUUUUUAUCCAAAUUUCAGGUUGGAGUGUCUCUGAUGCUGCAGUCAAGAGCUGAAAAAGAGAAAAAAGAAGAAGCGCAGAAAGACAGCGGCUACCAGACUACUACGGUGGCGGUGAGUUAUUUGAAAUAUUCCUACUUUUUAGAACUCCUCGAGAGACUGUAGUUACAGAACUGUUAGGGCUGAGUACCAUAUAUUUCUCGAAAAUUGCUUUCACGAUAGUUUUGGCAUAUUGGUUUGCAUGCGCCCGCUUGAUUCUGUUCAAAUAGGCAUUAUGAUGACUUUCGUCAGGAAAUCUUUCAGAUGAGCUUGAAAUCUAACCAGAGUAGGGUAAUAUUGCAGCUUCACAAAUCUCAGCGCAGGUUCGGCUUUGCUGAACCGGAAACGAGUCUGUUCAGAGUAGAACAAGGCUAUUCCUUGGUUAUAGAGGUAAAACGGCAGCUGUGAAAAGAGCAUGCAACAUUAUUCAUCCAUCAGUUUCUAACAAAAAUUUAAUAUUAUUUUUUUCAAACUUUGUGAUGUGCAUGUCGGUAUAAAAGUGCAUUUCUCAUUAGCCACGACUUGCAACAGUUGAGCUUGUCUGCGCUCUCUUUUCUCUCACUCUUUCGAAACCGUACUGUCUAACCGCUUCGUCUGAAAAAAAAACAGAGUGUUCAAACUGUUUGUAUUCAUGGCAAGUGAAGUAUAAUAUUCAUCAUUAAGCAUGAACUCUAACUUUAUUAUCUGGAAAUCGAAUUGGUCAUUUUUUUUCUAACCAGAUUUGUAACUUUAAAUAACAAUGUCUUGUUAACUAAAUGAAAAAUUUUUACAAUGUUUUCAGGGUUCUGGAAACACCGAGUCAGAACUAAACUUGGGAACAAUUGAAGAAGAGAAAAGCUGUAUUGAAAUAUUCGGCAGAAGGUUCCGUUUUGCCUUCACGUUUUAUAAAGUUUUUUUAUUUUCAAGAGAGAGUGAGGAGUCGUACUUUCCGGCACCUCAUCCGACUGCGAACAACUCCAGGAGAUGCAGUGAGAUGGAGAAAAUGUCUCUUUUGAGCCACGGUACCGACGACGCCGGCGGUAGAAGCGUUGUCAGAACGGCCGGGCGGUUUUCUCUUCGGUUUGUCAAAGUCCCUCUGCAUCCGGUACAAUUCUAUCAGAUCAAAUUGCUCGAGACACAGUGCCUCGGAAAGCGUCAACGAACAAGACGACGAGCAGGGCGAGAAAAGCGAUUCGCUACGAAAAUUAUUUAACGACGAUGAGCUUUCUUCCGUUCUCAACUUCAAAGAGCCUCUGAAACAAGCGGAUUCAAACAACGACUCUGAUACAACUUCUGUUAUUGUUAAACAUUCUCAGUUUGAGAAAGUCAGGCUUCCCAGAAAAAACAAAUACUGAAUGGAGAGAUUUACAGAACAAGCGUUUACGAUCGAGCAGAAAAUCUGGUCAUGGGACUCCGCGGAGGAUCGCUCAAUUAAAAAAUGCAGAGAGCGUCAGCCACGCCGUUCAAGUUGAUGCUCCAAACGUCUGUUUUUCUUUGGAUUUGAAUUUGCACAAACAACUGUGUAAAAGUAGUAUAUCACGAGUAAUGAUGAUUUUGUACCGAAAAAAACUCUGAAAAAAAAGGUUUUUAACAAUUAGCUUUUCAUGGAACGUUGAAAGGAGACUAGAUUUACUAGGUGCACUUUUCAUUCUGAUUUUGAAUCAAUUCUUUGUUAUUGUUUCGAAAAUCCUAUUUUUCAUUGAGAAUGCUCCCUAUUAACAGAAGGUUCAAAAUUCGCAUAAUACUCGGCUUUUGACUCGUAUAUUCUUUACUUUGAGUGUUCUAGCCAGGUUUCGCUUUUUUCGUGUUGUUAGCGCUUACCAGAUUCCUUCAAGCGUCAAGGUAAAACUAAAUUGAGCUUCUUUCAGAAUGAUGAACAGCAAACUGAAAUGGAACCAAAAAGACCAGAAAGAUGGGUUUUUUCGAUGAAAAGAAGGAUAGCUAAAGCUUUGGUUCGAAAGAACACACAACGAGAAAGCGAACGAAGGGCCAGCAGUAGUAGCGAGUAAGUGGAAAUAUCUUCAGAAUAUACUCGUUUUAUGGCUUGAGGCAAAAGAUGAAAAAAAUUUCAGUGAUGAUUUUGCCUUAAAUCAUAUGAAUAUUCUAGUUUUUAUUCUGUCCCAAAAAAUUGGCUAAAGGUGCACAGCGAUAAUUAGUCAUUUCAGUGAUUCUUCUUCUGAAACGGAGGCCAAUAAUGCUCCGAACGCUGAUCAGAACACACGUUUAACAGUUCCUCAGCUCACAAUUAGUUCUGAUCGCCGAGGCUCCGGCGAGAACGAUCGGCUGGCGCCUACUACAAAAACAGAAACAUUCCUCAGCGCUUCUGGGUACAAAUAGAAAUACACAAUCACACAGUCCUUUUUUAAGAGUUUCGCGGAAAAUUUCUUCUUUAUCAACAGCUAUCACACGAGAACGGGUCAUCUCUUCAAUUUUCGCUCCUAUUGGGGUUUUCAAUCGUGGCCGAAAACAAACCAAAGCUGAAAAAAGGGCUCACAAGGCAUUUAGGUGAGCGAAAAAUAAAGUUUCAAGCUUCAUUCGUUUUUUACAGGACAAUCACAUUUAUCGUGGGAUUUUUCGCAAUUUUAUGGUCUCCAUAUUAUAUAAUGGUGAGCUGAAAAAGUUUUUCUUGGGACAAUCAUUUUGAACAACGCGUUCAUUUUUUUCAGUAUUUUCUCUUGGAGCAAAAAAGAAAAAGGAAGCUUUUGAGAAUUAAAUAUUAAACCACGAAACUUCAUUUAUUUUGAAUGUUAGGAAAGUAAAUAAUUCCUAAAAAGUUUCAACGAGAAAACAGGAAAGAAAGUGAAAAAGGAAUAAAAUAACUUAUUUGGGUCAAUUUUAAGGUGGUAAAAAUUACGUAUUCUCUGAAUAACUAUCCUAAAUUUCUAACAGCGUGCAAACAGAGAAAUUCAAACAAAACAGACAUUUUUGCUCAAACUGAAAUUGAGAAAACCAUAUUUAAGUAAUUGAAAUCAUCAAAAAUGAUACUCUGUUUGAAAACUUGGGGCAUAGCCGAAUAACGGAAAGCUUGGGACAAAUAAAAGCAUGGCCUCUCUGUGCUCUCCAAAAACCAAACGCUGUCUAUUUUUGAUCAUGUCAGGCCUAAUUCAUCGUCUCAAGCCAGGUGUGAAUGAGCUAUAAUAUUGCGAUCAUAAUGCCGCCACCCCUCGUCUAAUUUUGAGUUCUUUCUCAAUCCUUUGCCUAGAGCGUUUUCUCAGGCUAGGGCUCUCUGAGCUUUUUUUUUUGAGAUUCUCGAAAUACCAAUGGAAUUAACUAUUACAGGCAACGGUCUACGGAUUCUGCAAAGGAGAGUGCAUUCCAUCUUUUCUCUACACCCUUUCCUACUACAUGUGCUACCUGAACAGCAGUGGCAAUCCGUUCGCCUAUGCCUUGGCCAAUCGCCAGUUUCGCUCAGCCUUUCUCCGAAUGUUGAGGGGCAACUUCAACAAAGUCGCUUAA